AUGAUUGGAGAGGCUCCAUCCCAAAUGCUCCUCAAGGGUGAAAGUGCUGGCCUCCUCAAAGGAAUAUCGAUGCCAGGUGUGAGUACGCCGAUCUCCCACAUUCAAUUUGCCGAUGACACCCUCAUCAUGGCUGAGGCAGAUUCAGAUUACAUGGAAAAUCUGCAGACGACUCUGAGAUGCUUUGAGGCUGCAUCAAGAUUGAGAAUCAAUAUGGCCAAGUCCAAAGUUUUUAGCGUCAACUGCUCCGAUGAGGAGUUAUCUUCUUAUGCAGAAAUCUUUGGCUGUUCGCCCGCCUCGUUCCCCACUUCGUUCGUCGAUCUUCCGCUCGAUAUAGGCCCCCCUCCGAAGUCUAUGUGGGACAAAGUGGUCGAGAAAUUUCAAAAGCUGCUUGCAAGAUGGAAAUGCCGCUGUCUAUCUAUGGGGGGAAGGCUCACCCUCAUUAAAGCGGCGCUGUCCAACAUCCCCAUUUAUUUCAUGUCCCUUAUCAGAUGUCCGUCCUCAGUCCUAGAUCGUAUUGAUAAAUUGCGAAGAGACUUUUUAUGGUGCGGUAAGGAGAAUCAGAAGAAACUCCACCUGUUGGACUGGAAAGAAGUCUGCACCCAUUUCUAG